GGACCAGUUUCUCAGAAGAUGCUCCGGGGAAGGGGAGGUCGGAGUUCAGGUGCCUACAAACCGUAACAUGUGCACCGUGAGAGUCUGGUGGCCCACCAGCAGUCUCUGUACGGGGCCAUCAGUUUCCAUCCACCUGUAGAAACCAGCAUCCUGCUCCGUCCUUCAGAACCGCACAUGUUCUCCAAGCUCCACCCCUACCUCUGCUGACAAGGCCAACACUUUCUCUGCCUCUAUCUACUCCUCAGUUGCCCUGCUUUCUCUCCCUUCCCAAAGGAGUCUUUUGAGACAGUGGACCAGGCUAUUCCUCAGAACAAACUCACUCAGAAGUUUACUGGAGCUCUUAAAGAAAAUGCACAGUGUUUGACUAUUAACCGGGUCCUCCCAGCAGUGCUCCCUACCUUCACUCCAUCCUCAGCCUUUCAGUGGAAUGUAUUUGAAAAACAAGGAGACAGGGAUGUACCAUUGCGUGUGCUGUGAUAGCCCACUCUUCAGGCACCGUUCUAAACAUACCACGUACGAAAACACCUCCGGGAUUCUGCCUAGCGACCUUGUGAGCCCACCACACCAUGAACUGAUGGCGUCAGAGGAUCCGUAACACCGUAAGGACACAGAUGUAAUGGGGCAUAGCUUCCACCAAAACCUUUUGGAGGUCAAGCUACCACUGCAGAGAUUUCUCACCCUCACAAAGCAGCCCUGAGGCUUCCUGGGGUAUUUCUAGAGGAGGGAGCAGACGCCAAAGCUUGAAGCGUCCUGCUUGCUAAGCAGACAGAUCCUCUGCCACUUCUCUUCACCCCACUCCAACCCCCUCUUCAUUCCACAGUUUAGUUAGAGCAGUCUGGAGGCAGAGUGAAGGGGAGAGACGCAGAUCAGGGCUUGCUUUGAUGUUUUUGAAACAGACAAUAAAUACAUUUGGAAAAUUAUGAAAUAAAGCAAUUCUUCUCACAAAACCAGGUUCAAUUCAAUAUAACAAAGAUGUCUGUUAAUAUAUAAAAAAAGUAUUACCUUUUGUUGUUGUGUUCUUUCUUUCUCUCUCUCUCUCUUUCUUUCUUUCUUUCUUUCUUUCUUUCUUUCUUUCUUUCUUUCUUUCUUUCUUUCUUUCUUUCUGUCUUUUCUUUUUUUUCUUAGGCAGAGUUUCUCUGUGUAUCCUUGGCUAUCCUGGAACUUACUUCGUAGGCCAGGGUAGCCUGGAACUCAUAAAGUCCUGCCUCUCUCUGCUUCCCGAGUGCUGGGUUAAGGGUGUGUAAAUCUCUACCCAGAAAGAAUUUAUUACUUUUAAAAGUCCAUAUAAAGCAAGCGUGGUGGUGUGAGCUUGUAGUCCCGGCACUUGAAAAGCUGAGGCAGGGGGAUUAUGAGCUCAAGGCCAUCUUGGGCUAUGCAAUGAAACUGUCUCAAAAAAAGAGUACUAUGAUACUUACCUAUUCUAAAAUUCCAAGUGUUUCUAAACUUGCUAAAUAUUAGUAUUUAUAACCCACACUGAGGAGUCUGGGGACCCUUGAUAGUUUGGGGCACAGAAGAGUCCUGAGACCAAAAUGUUUGAAAUCCCGUCCUGUGGCCCUUGUUCUGAGAAGCUGUGUGCUUAGCCGGGCUAGGAAUUUGAUUCUUUACCACUCAUUCCCUGUCUGCUUGGUUUAAGGCAGGGCUUAAUUUCAAACCAUUUCUUUCUUAGGUAGAGAGGACCAUCUCUACACUGUCUGAAAUGCUAUUUUCCCAACGUCAUUCACAGACCCUUUUCUGUGGAGUUCUAAGAUUACUGAGUCUUUCUUUUGGGAUGAUGCUGGGAAUCAAACCCAGGACCUUGCAUGUGCCAGCCUCUGCCACUGAGCUGCAACCUGCUCCUGAGGGUGAGGAGCUCUGGGAGCCGGUGUCCUCUCCUCACCGCCUUGGCCCAUUCCGUCAAUUAGCAUCCUUCGUCCCCGGGGAGACCAUCCCGAGCAUCAGGCUUUAUCCAGUGAUAGUGAGAGUACCAGGCUUAUUAACUAAUGACAAUAAUCAUGAGUGCUUGCGAGCACCUCCCUCGUGCUGUGCCGAGCUAAGCUUCCCAUCAGACUCCACGGAGGAGUCUCCUUGACUCCUCAAAGUCUCCCCGCAAGGCAGGCGCUACUGUCCCCAGUGAGGAAGCCACAUCCUCAGGAGGCUCAGUGGCUUCUCUACCGUCGUAACUCUCCCCCCCCCCCCCCCCCCCCGGAGCUGGGGACCGAACCCAGGGCCUUGAGCUCUCUAGGCAAGUGCUCUACCGCUGAGCUAAAUCCCCAACCCCCCGGUCGUAACUCUUUUUUUUUUUUUUUUUGUUUUUUUUUUUGUUUUUUUUUUUUUAUUAACUUGAGUAUUUCUUAUAUACAUUUCGAGUGUUAUUCCCUUUCCCGGUUUCCGGGCAAACAUCCCCCUCCCCCCUCCCCUUCCUUAUGGGUGUUCCCCUCCCAACCCUCCCACCAUUGCCGCCCUCCCCCCAUAGUCUAGUUCACGGGGGGUUCAGUCUUAGCAGGACCCAGGGCUUCCCCUUCCACUGGUGCUCUUACUAGGAUAUUCAUUGCUACCUAUGGAGUCAGAGUCCAGGGUCAGUCCAUGUAUAGUCUUUAGGUAGUGGCUUAGUCCCUGGAAGCUCUGGUUGCUUGGCAUUGUUGUACUUUUGGGGUCUCGAGCCCCUUCAAGCUCUUCCAGUUCUUUCUCUGAUUCCUUCAAUAGGGGACCUAUUCUCAGUUCAGUGGUUUGCUGCUGGCAUUCGCCUCUGUAUUUGCUGUAUUCUGGCUGUGUCUCUCAGGAGCGAUCUACAUCCGGCUCCUGUCGGUCUGCACUUCUUUGCUUCAUCCAUCUAGUCCAAUUGGGUGGCUGUAUAUGUAUGGGCCAAAUGUGGGACAGGCUCUGAAUGGGUGUUCCUUCAGUCUCUGUUUUAAUCUUUGCCUCUCCCUUCCCUGCCAAGGGUAUUCUUUUUCCUCAUUUAAAGAAGGAGUGAAGCAUUCACAUUUUGAUCAUCCGUCUUGAGUUUCGUUUGUUCUAGGGAUCUAGGGUAAUUCAAGCAUUUGGGCUAAUAGCCACUUAUCAAUGAGUGCAUACCAUGUAUGUCUUUCUGUGAUUGGGUUAGUUCACUCAGGAUGAUAUUUUCCAGUUCCAACCAUUUGCCUACGAAUUUCAUAAACUCGUUGUAUUUGAUAGCUGAGUAGUAUUCCAUUGUGUAGAUGUACCACAUUUUCUGUAUCCAUUCCUCUGUUGAAGGGCAUCUGGGUUCUUUCCAUUUUCUGGCUAUUAUAAAUAAGGCUGCGAUGAACAUAGUGGAGCACGUGUCUCUUUUAUAUGUUGAGGCAUCUUUUGGGUAUAUGGAUUGGCAGGAUUAAUAUAGUAAAAAUGGCCAUUUUACCAAAAGCAAUCUACAGAUUCAAUGCAAUCCCCAUCAAAAUACCAAUCCAAUUCUUCAAAGAGUUAGACAGAACAAUUUGCAAAUUCAUCUGGAAUAACAAAAAACCCAGGAUAGCUAAAGCUAUCCUCAACAAUAAAAGGACUUCAGGGGGAAUCACUAUCCCUGAACUCAAGCAGUAUUACAGAGCAAUAGUGAUAAAAACUGCAUGGUAUUGGUACAGAGACAGACAGAUAGACCAAUGGAAUAGAAUUGAAGACCCAGAAAUGAACCCACACACCUAUGGUCACUUGAUUUUUGACAAAGGAGCCAAAACCAUCCAAUGGAAAAAAGAUAGCAUUUUCAGCAAAUGGUGCUGGUUCAACUGGAGGGCAACAUGUAGAAGAAUGCAGAUCGAUCCAUGCUUAUCACCCUGUACAAAGCUUAAGUCGAAGUGGAUCAAGGACCUCCACAUCAAACCAGACACACUCAAACUAAUAGAAAAAAAACUAGGGAUGCAUCUGGAACACAUGGGCACUGGAAAAAAUUUCCUGAACAAAACACCAAUGGCUUAUGCUCUAAGAUCAAGAAUUGACAAAUGGGAUCUCAUAAAACUGCAAAGCUUCUGUAAGGCAAAGGACACUGUGGUUAGGACAAAACGGCAACCAACAGAUUGGGAAAAGAUCUUUACCAACCCUACAACAGAUAGAGGCCUUAUAUCCAAAAUAUACAAAGAACUCAAGAAGUUAGACCGCAGGGAAACAAAUAACCCUAUUAAAAAAUGGGGUUCAGAGCUAAACAAAGAAUUCACAGCUGAGGAAUGCCGAAUGGCUGAGAAACACCUAAAGAAAUGUUCAACAUCUUUAGUCAUAAGGGAAAUGCAAAUCAAAACAACCCUGAGAUUUCACCUCACACCAGUGCGAUUGGCUAAGAUCAAAAACUCAGGUGACAGCAGAUGCUGGCGAGGAUGUGGAGAAAGAGGAACACUCCUCCAUUGUUGGUGGGAUUGCAGACUGGUAAAACCAUUCUGGAAAUCAGUCUGGAGGUUCCUCAGAAAAUUGGACAUUGAACUGCCUGAGGAUCCAGCUAUACCUCUCUUGGGCAUAUACCCGGUCGUAACUCUUAAGUGGCAUGUGGAACGCUCAUUCUCCAGGACAGACAGCUGUGUUCCGAUGAUGGAAAUCUCCAUCGCUACAAACUGUUCCUCCGUCAGAUCUUAUGCCUACGUGCCUCCAUCACGUAGACCCCGCGCCAAACGCUCACUCUUCUUCCUUCUCGAUCUCUUCCUUUCUGCCUCUGGAGUGUGUGGAUUGUAUCUGUGGUUCCUCACAUGCAAAUGAGUUCACAUAGCCUCAGUCUUUCUGGUUCUUUUAGGUCAGAUAUAUAGAGAGAAGCCAUUAGCAUUCAAAGAACAAUACUUCAUUUCACUAUGGCCAGACAAUGUCCUGAGCAGCGAAGGGGCAGCAGGAAUAAUUCUCUGGAACCGACUAUUCACGAAGCCCAGCUUGGGAUCUGUCAUAAGGAGUGGGAGUUGGGUCUUGCUCGAAAAAAGAGGGAUGGGAUCUAAGAAACUGCUGUUAUGCCCACACCGUGUGUUGUGGCUUUGGGUCUGCUGUGUUUCUAACACUGUGGGUCUGCACUGAC